AUGCGCAAACUAAAGAACUUCGUCAAGUCGAUCUUUUCGAUCAUAUACUUGGCGCUCAUUGUGCUUACCGUGCCGCUAGCGUUUGACUUGGGAGGUGUUCAGUGUGGCCUUACUUACUCCCUCACCAUUCUACUGUUAUACUUCCUCCUCACGUCUAUCCGGCUACUUUCCCGUCGUUUCACCGUGUUGAAGGUUUUGGUGCCGCUUUAUUAUGCCCAGCAUGUUUUCCUACCGAGUAUAUUGAUGUACAUUAUUCUGUACUGUCAGAACCAGAACAACCACAGCCACUUUGCCGUUGUCGCCGUAUGGCGGUAUAUAUUGGUUCACCUGACGCCUGUGUUUACCAUUGCCGAAGGUUUCUGUUCUUUGCUUUUGCUCCAGGCUAUUUCCCAGACUUUGGAAUGGCUCACUUUAUACAAGUCAGAUAGCUGGCUUUUCGUGUCGUUAAUCGGCUCAGGUUUCACCAUAACGGGCGCCUUAUACUUUUUGUACAGAAUCUACGUGUUGCCAUUUACUAUUGAGUUGGGCAGCGCUUCACUUUUAGGUUCCUUCUUGACCUUGACUAUCGGUCUCGGUUUUUAUGGUAUCGUGUCGGGCAAGGGAUCCAUGAUUGAAUCUUCUUUGUUGUUUGCCUACAUCGUGAGAUGUAUCUACGAGAUGUUCCCAUCGCUCUCCGACAACGCUGCUCAGACUUUGACAAACUUGUUCACUCAGACCAAACUCAACUUGCAAAACGAGAUUCCUAGACUUCCUCCUCCACUCACCAACACCAUCCUGGCUGUCCUUCCUUUUUUGGCACAGAACUUACCUGGCUCAUUCAAGACCAUAUGGGAUUUCUUCCUAUCGUCUGCAGAGAAGCUCACUUUACCCUUGGUUGUUAAUUUGGCCUACCGCAUUGGCGUGUUUUACGCUGCUACCAAGAUUAUUCCAUCUUUGUAUCAUAGGCUUCCUUAUUCUCCACCUAGAACACCUCCGCAUCUUGGCUCAAGACUGUCGUCUUCGGCCUCAAUAUCCCCCGUUCUGCUGCAGGCCGAUGUCAAGCGCAAGGAACAGCAAGCACGUCUUAAACUCAAGAGUGCUCGUUCUGCCCCUUCUACUACCAUCAAGUUGAUUUAUGCAUAUUCUCCAUGCAUCAUCAUUGCCGUCUACAGUCAUAUGAUGCUUCUGUAUAAUGGUGAGCUUGGCUCAGAGCUCAAACUCUGGGGCUGGUGGGCUUCAGCACCAAAGGACGUUGUUAUCAUCGUCCACCCUUGGCAAUUCUGGAACUGGGUCAAGAUGGGCACAACACUUUUGCUAUACAUGGCAGAGUUGUCUGGAGAUUCCAGCUCUGCAUUGACAAGCCACUGGCAGGUCGAUUAA